AUGUCGAAAAGAACAUUCCGAAUGUUCGUCGAGGAAGAGCUAGGCGAAUUCCCUCAUUUCGUAGUAGGAGCCAUACUAGAAUGGUUCCUAAUAGCUUCUCUUUUCAUCGAUGGCUUCAUCGCGUUUCUCUCGCACCAAUUUGCGACCAUCUUUCAGUUGGACCCGCCAUGCGUCCUUUGCACCCGAAUCGACCAAUCCCUCGCGUCCACUAACCCGAGCUCUUACUACAACAACUCAAUAUGUGAGUCUCACAAAAAGGACAUAUCUUCAUUGGCUUAUUGUCAUGUCCAUAGAAAACUGUCUGAUAUUCGAAACAUGUGUGACGGUUGUCUGAUCUCGUUUCAAACCGAUAAAGAAUCGGAUUGUCUUGACACUAACAACCCGGUUGAGCCAGAAGGAUCAAAUGGUUAUAAAGAUGGUGAUCCGGAAAUGAAACUGAAACAAGUGAAAACAGGAAAAGAGACCGCCAAUGCUAGCACGCGAGUUGCUGAGAUGAGUAAGUGUUCGUGUUGUGGUGAAUCGUUUAAGAAGCGAACGUCUUCUAAAGUCUUUGUUAGGACUCCAUCGAACCUUCGGGCUUCAUUGACCGCACCCGCUUUCUCUCCUAGAGUACCGUUGACCCCGAUGGGCUGGAGAAAUGAUGAUGCAAAGAAUGUGGAGUUGAAUCAAAUGAGGUAUACAGAACUUAAGUUUGUAUCAGAUAAUGAACCAGAUGUUCCUGAGGAUGACUAUGGAUUGAACACAGAUUCCAAAAUUAAAGAUGAUAUGAAAUCUACAGCAGCACCAUUGCUGGCAGAUACUGAUGAACUAACUGAAGAGUCGUUAAAAACCCCGACAUACGGGAAAGGAAACAAAUUCUUCGGUGCACCACUUGCAGAAUCAGCAGUUGUAAACAGUCCAAGAUUCGGCAACAAGCUAGCAAAAAAGUUUCCGCUAGAUAGACCCGAUUUAGUAACCGACUUAAGUGAUGACACGCCAGUAGAAGGUGACUCGACUCUUCAAGUUUUGAAACGACAGGUUCGUUCAGACAAACGAAUGCUGAUGGUGUUGUAUCAAGAACUUAAUGCGGAAAGAAAUGCUUCGGCUGUUGCAGCUAAUAAUUCAAUGGCGAUGAUCACACGGUUGCAAGCGGAGAAAGCUUCGAUUGAGAUGGAAGCUUUGCAGUAUCAGAGAAUGAUGGAAGAACAAGCGGAGUACGAUGAUGAAGCGAUUCAAAUACUUAAAGAUAUGCUUAUUCAGAAGGAGAAAGAUAUUAAGGUUAUGGAAGCCGAACUCGAGGCAUAUAGAGAAAAAUAUGGCGAUAUUAAGAAAAAAGAAAGAGAUGAAUUUGUGAGUAAUAGUGAUUACCAGGCUACCGAAAGCGAGAAAAAACAAUCAAAUUUUGAAACCGAAAGGCAUCAGCUUUCGGGUAUGUUGAAUAACUUGGAAAACCUUAUACAGUCAUCAUCAGAUGAUGGUGAUCAUGAAGAUAAAGAUAGAGGAGAAGAAAAGAAGGCAACUCUAGAAAGAGAAAUGUCGAUAAUUAAGGAGAAGAUGAGUGAGAUUGAAGCAGACAGUGGAUACCUGAAAACGACAAUGUCAUUCCAAAAAGGUGAUGAAAGAGCCGACCUUCUUACCGAGAUUGCUGAAAAUCUUCGAAAGCUUAGGACAUAA